AUCUCCAAUGUCCCCAGUCAGGUAUGCAAGAUCCUCGCUGCACCCCUGCCCGGCAAAACCCAAAAUCGCACCAGCUGGUAAACUCGAAAACUCCUUCAGCACAAAGUCCUAAGACGGCAGUUUCUAAGGCACAAACCCCGGGCUCUCAACAGGCCCACCUGCAAAGCCCGAUGCCUCGAAAGUGCGUCCAACAAACCGUCAUCCCUCAAAAUCCUUCUCAAAUCGGGCCUCCCGUAAAACAGGCUUACUCCGAAGUCGUAAAGCAACCUACAACUCACGUUUCCAGCCGGCAAACUCCGAGCGCUAGCACAAACCAACCCGCAAACAGGCGAAAAGCACCGGGCCUUGCAAAGCCCGUGAAAUCGGCUGGUGUGACCCCACCUGGAAAUGGCGAAACAACGCGACAGGCUCCGGCAGGAUCCGGCAACGUGACGAAGAGGAGAGUUAUGUAUUCCAAGGACGGACAGAAGUUUAACAUCGAGUACAACAACAGACGCGAGAAUCUGGCGGUGACGGCGGUAAAAAAUUCACAAGGAAACAAAAAUGCGCCUAAGAUCAAACCUGAAUUACUUGCGAAACAAGAAAACCCUCAACGAGUCAAACCGGUUAUGAAAGACGCGUCGACGUCCACGUGUCCACAAAGCACCUUUGUAGACGCCGCUGUGCAAGUGCCUGACGUGGAGGGGAAUGCAGGCGACGAAAUUCAAAGUCUACUGGUGAAGAGGCCGUGGGACACGGAGCGGGUGAUGAAGAUGCAAGUUCUCCUUGACGAGAAACUCGUCGUGAUUGGUCGAAUGAGGGAAAUGUCACGUAAGCAGCGAGACGAGCUGAAAACCAUGAGGAAACGUUGCAAGGAACUCGAGACGGUCAUCAAGGCAUCGAAUAUGCAAGGCAAACCACAGCUGAUUGCGCAGGUCAACGAACUGACCGAAAUCAAAAACGAAUUGGUCGACGAUGUCACGAAUCUGACCGUUGACCUCGAGAAAGAACGCACGAACGUAAAGAACUUGCGCACGGAACUGGUCGAGGUCAGGGCCCAGUUGACUGCUGCCAGGAGAAAAGGCGCGAAUGCAGCUAACCAAUGAGAGAGAGGAACGGUUAACCAAUCAUAUUUCGAUGUUGUAUAUCUUUAACGUAUU